UAUAUAACAACAUCUAAAGACUGUUCAAAAAUGGUGCCUGAUAUUCGCCUAAAAUGUCUUGUUAAACCAAAUUUUAAAUUGAGUGAAAGAGCAAAAGAAGUUAAAAAUUCAAAUGAUUCAAAAUCUACCAGUUAUUUAAUUAAAAAUAUUUACAAUCCAAAUUUGAAAUUUUAUUUUACUACUUCAGAACCCAAAGAUAAUUCGAGUAUUUAUACUUUAAAAAUAAUAAAAAUAUGUAGAAUUUAA